UUCCUCAUAGUAGGACCGGUCCGCUUCAACGAACUUUGAGGAGACCGUUGGAUAAAACAAAACCACGACAUUUUACGGAAACAAUAACUGUAGUAACUAUGGUAUUUUUACGAUCGUUACCCCGGUGAUUUUUUACAGGUUUGUAAUUAACUGCCCUGCGUGACGCACGCAUCGCUCGGUGGGUGUGUCCGGUGAACCAAACGUCAUACCUCCGACGAUAUUCGGCGUCCGUACCGAGAGGCUGAACCGACCGAGUCACACGGACGGAUCCAGAUGUCUGACUGUUAAUGUGAUCAAACGUUCCGCGCAGAUCUCAGGGAAUUAAAGCGCCAUGGCUCGGGUCGGUACCGGAGCAGACGGCGCGGAACCGGAGGAGGACUGUUUUGAAGAUGCUUUCGAUCGGAUCCCAGUGGCGUCUAAGAUGGACCUGCGUACGUCUAUAGAGGAGUGCAGCAUGGCCCUCAACCUCGUCCUCAACAACAAGUUCUCUGAAGCCCUGGACCUCCUCAAACCCUGGUCUAAGGACAGCAUGUAUCACGCGUUGGGCUACAGCAGUAUUCUGGCGAUGCAGGCCACGAUGACGUUCGAGCACAAAGACAUCCAGACUGGUAUGGCGACCAUCAAAGAGGCCUUACAGACCUGCCAGAGGUUCAGGAAACGAAACUCAAUGGUGGGCUCCAUAUCCAGCCUGAUGUCCAAACAGCCGUCAGACAGCCUGAAAGAGGAGGAGAUGCAUGCGGAGAUCUGCUACGCUGAAUGUUUGCUGCAGAAAGCCACACUAACAUUUGUACAGGAUGAAAACAUGAUCAGUUUUAUUAAAGGAGGAAUCAAAGUACGCACAAGUUAUCAAAUCUACAAGGACUGCCAGAGUGUGUUGAACAUGUCUCAGGGAGUGGGCGGAGACAGCGAGGCCUUCAGACAGUUUGAGGGCGGAGUCAAGCUGGGGAUUGGCUCCUUCAACCUGAUGCUGUCUUUACUACCUGCACGAAUCCUUCGACUGCUGGAGUUCAUCGGCUUCUCAGGGAAUCGAGAGUUCGGUCUGUCGCAGCUGCGGGACGGCGCCGGCAGUCACAGUCUCAGAUCAAUCCUGUGUGUCCUGACGCUGCUCUUCUACCACACUUACGUCUCCCUCAUACUGGGCACUGGAGAGGGGAACCUGGUGGAGGCCGAGGCUCUGCUGGAGCCGUACAUAGAGAGAUUUCCUCGGGGCUCCAUCAUCCUGUUUUACUCGGCUCGGAUCGCCUUACUGAGGGGAAACUUUGAGAAGGCGGCGGUGAAGUUUCAGGAGUGUAUCGCGACCCAGCAGCAGUGGCGUCAGGUCCAUCAUCUGUGCUACUGGGAGCUGAUGUGGUGUCACUCGUUCCAGCAGCAGUGGACGGACGCGUACCGAUACGCUGACCUGCUGUGCCGAGAGAGCCGCUGGUCUAAAGCCAUCUACGUGUAUCAGAAAGCUGCUAUCCUGAGCAUGAUGUCCGAGCAGGACGUGAAGGCGACCGGAGAGAGUAUCGUGGAGUUGUUCAGGCAGGUGGAGGGACUGAAGCAGCGUCUGGCCGGGAAGUCCAUCCCUACGGAGAAGUUUGCCGUGAGGAAAUCCCGGAGAUACUCGUCAGCCGUGCCUGUCAAACUGGUGAUUCCUGCGCUGGAAAUGAUGUACGUGUGGAACGGCUUCACAAUAGUUGGGAAACGUGCGGAUUACACUGAGAGCUUACUGGUCACCAUCGAGAGAGCGGAAGAGCAGCUGCGCAACGAUCCCAACCCGUCUGAGUUUCACCCUGAUGAUCAGUGUCUGGUGCAGAUGUUGAAGGGUUUGUGUUUAAAGAAUUUGGGCAGAUUAAUGCAGGCCGAACUGUGCUUCACACAGGUGAUCAGCAGUGAGAAGCGCAUCCGUUACGAUCACUAUCUGAUUCCCUUCACCCUGUAUGAACUGGGUUUACUCUACAAGCAGCAGGGCGAUUACAUCAAAGCCACGCGCUUCAUCGAGGAUGCCAAGUUGAACUAUAAAGACUAUUCUAUGGAGUCUCGACUUCACUUCCGCAUCCACGCGGCUCUCAGCAGUCUGAAGGGUUCUCCGACAAACUCGCCAUGAUGAAGGACAACAUUCAACACCAGCGUGACAUGAAAGCGACAAGCACAUCACGACCGUCAUUGAAGCACCAAAGUAUCCGAGCACCUGCAGCGCGGCCGUAGCGACAUCUAGAAACGCUUUCACUGACCAUUUCAAACCAAAGUCACUGUUCUGUCAUCUAUCAAUCAAACUACCAUACGUGUACCUCAAACCUGAGCAUAUAGUGUGUCUCAUCCUUUUAAAUACAGAGGCGUACGUUUAUUCAGCCAAUCGUACGGUUGAACAAUCAGAAAACAGCUGCUUUAAUGAAUGUAACGGUUUACUUUAAAGACCAAAUAUGUUUGUGUCCGCUUGUGUGUCUUACAGUGUGUGCCUCUGUUUGUGUGUUUCACCAUGUGUCUUUAGCAGUGUAUUUCUGGUGUGUUUCUGCAUGGCCUGUCGACUGUCGCCUAUCGUUCACAGAGCGCUGCAAUAAGACUCUAAUAUAUUAUUGAGUUGAUUACAUGUUUAGAUUUGUUUGAUGCUCCAAGCAAUUCAAGAAAUUCAUUUGAAAGCAAUAAUAAACAGCCAACAAUCAUGCUGAGAAAUAUAUUGUACAAUAAUUAUUGGAAUUUUUUCUAGAAAGGGGUUUUGUUGUUUACUUUAAACUGAUGUAAUUCUAAGUCUAGUUUUAUUUCUUCAUGUUUUUAGGGGUUGAUCAGAUGUAGCGGUUUUUGUUUUGUGCAUGCAUGUUCUUGUUUUAAUGUUUAAUACCAAAUAAGUUGUAUAAAAAUCAAAUACAGUUUAUCCCAUUUUACAAGCAUAAUUGUUUUUUUUUUGUUUCUUUUAUAAUUCACAGGGCUGUGCGAUUUAUCGGAAUCGUAAUAAAAUCUCGAUGUGAGCAUGCGCGAUUUCCAAAGCGCUGAAAGAUCUUCCCCCUCAGAGCCAAUCAGAAUGUAGCGCGCCAAAAUCCAAAUCUAGUUUACUGUUACAACACGGGAAGAAGACGCAAAAACAGGCGAGAUGAAUUCAGGGCAGGAUACCGAUUUGAAUAAACAACAAUCGUGGUUUGGGAAUGUUUUGGAUACAGGAGAGAUGAUGUAUCGCAGAGCAGGUAAUUUGCAAGGCAAACUAUAGUUGUGGAAAAAACAAAAUGGCCGUUCAUUCAUGCAGAACCCGUUUGUGCGGUUAAAGUAGUUCAGCCGACACCAUCUUAUGUGGUGCCCGAAAAUAUCGUCUCUGUGUGUGUGUGUGUGUGUGUGUGUGUGUGUGGAAAUAUUGCUUCAAAAUUGUGAUUAAAAUUGAAAUCAUUGUUGAUUAAAACAUCGUUUUAUUUACCUAUUUUUCCGCAUCGCACAGCCUUAAUUCUGAAGUAAAUUUUCAUAAAUGUGACCGUACCCGUCUGCAUCUUCUGCCUCAAAUCAGACAUGAAAAAAAUACUAUAGUAAUUUAUAGCUAAUAUUAUAGUGUUUUUGAAACACAUAGUAAAGUACUAUAUUGUGCUAAUAUAGUAAUAAACAAAUUACUUUACCCAAUACUGUACUAAGUUUUCUAUAUGAUAUAUUAUAGUACAAUACACUACAGUUUACUUUAGUAAAAAAAACUAACUGUAUACUAUUUAUUACAGUUCAUCAGUUCACUAUAGUUAAUACUACAGUAUGCUGUAGCAUUCAUUAACAAAGUGUUGUAAAUAUUAUAAAAAAAACAGUAUACUAUUUACUGUAGUAAAUACUAUAGUAUUUUUUCAUGUGGCAUCAUCUUCCUGCGGCCGUGUGAAUCUUAAAAGUAGAUUGAUUAGUACUUUUGAUUAGUAAAAGUAAAACUUUAACAUUCUAUGGCUGUUUCUCUGCCUUAUUGUUUAAAAUCAUUAGUGCUCGUGAAUUCUUAUUAAACAAGAACUUGUCAAGAGAGAAACUGCUUAACACUGCAAUAAAGUCUUGUUUUCCUGA